UUUGUCAAUUUGGUUCUAAAGGAAAUAAUACUGGCUCCAUCUUGAUACAAUUUUGUACUACCUAUAGUUAGAACGGGUCUUGAAGAGUUACGUUUCGUGGCAGGACCUUAUUUACAAUUUUGACUGUGUGCACGUGAGUUCGACGAACAAUGCAAUUAAAAAUGACAAAGCCAUUUAAUAUGAAGCAUGUGCAGCAAAUGUUGCUGGAGGAGGAUAAAUAUAUUUCUGAUAUAUUUUCUAAACUGCCUGUUUCUAUGUCAGCAUUAGCUGAUAAUGAAAGCGAACAAGAUAAUGUUGUACAAUGUAAAAAAAAAGGAAAGAUCUUUAAACAAAAAGAUGGACAAAUUAAGAGAGCUCAAACAUUUGAGGAACUACACGAGAGAUUAGAAGCUCUAAAGGGUAAAAAGAAACUUGGCUAUAAAAAUAAGCUAAUGAAACAAGGCCUGAAAAACAGAAUUAAGAAAAAAUCUAAAAAAGAAGAGAUAAUAAUGCAGAAAAAGUUGGUCAGAACAGAACAGCUUGCUGCAGGUGGUUCAGCAGGAAAGAAAGAAGAUACGGAGGCACCUAGAAUACCUAGACCAAAGCCCGUCUUUAAUUCAGAGGGAAAAAUGGUCUUCAGCAAAUUUGACUUCUCGGAUGUUGGUGCAAAGAAGAAGCCAUCAAAGAUAGAUAGAGACCCUAAAAAAAUUUUGCAGCAGCUUGAAAAGAAAAAAGAGAAAUUGAAACAGUUGGAAGCUUCAGGAGAAAAAAGCAAAGUUGAAGAAAUCAAAGAAAAGGAAGCCUGGAAAUCUGUCUUAGCGAAAGCCAGUGGAGAAAAGGUUAAGGACGAUCCCGAACUGCUGAAACGUUCCGUAAAGAAGCAAGAACAAAAGAAAAAGUAUAGUUCAAAGAAAUGGGAAGGCAGGAAAGAAGGAGUGCAGAAAGGAAUUCAAGAACGACAACAGAAGCGACAAGAGAACAUAUUGAAACGAAAGAAGGAUAAGAAAAUAAAUAAAUUAAAAAAGGCAUCGAAACGGGGCCGAGUGAUACCAGGUUUUUAGGUAGAAAAAAAAUUAAACAUGUAAAUUUAUUUAAAAACGUGCAUAUUGCAAACGCGUGAAACUCAAAUAUCCAGUAUAAUUGCGUUUCAAAAAUUCAUCAUCGUGAAACAAGCCGAGUAAGUAAAUUCAAGCUUCAACAAAACGACAAACUCGUGCGCGUUGUUAUCACAAGUAAUAAAAAAAGGAAUUUAAAACGAGUAACGGUAUUGAAAUACAAAAUAAAUUGAGCGAGUAAAUAACUGUUAUACUCUAAGACUUGUAUAAUACGAAGUUCGAAAUAAUGAUUUUUGUUAAAAAAAAAAAGCAGGGAAACUUACGAACCCCAUAUCAAUGAUCCUCUUCAAAAUAGAUCCUAAAAAAAUUUCA